AGAUAAAUAUGAUCGAUAUCCUUACUACACCAUCAAUGGCAAAGCCAAAACAAGACUACUCACGUACUCCAGGACAACUGUUGUCACUCAUCAGUUCUCUGGGUUUUUAUACUCCUGUUGGAAUGAAAAUGCCAGCGCACAAUUCAAGUCAAUCAUCUGACAGUCUACGUGGAGUGGUUUCUCCCUUACCUAUGGUCCAAAAGGAAAAUACUCCUCUUUCAACUAAAUUAUUCAAAACAUGUCUUGAUACUUCUCAAUUAACUCCUGUGAUGCCAGUGAGAAGUUUAACUCCUACUCUACUUCAGUCAAGAAAAAGGUUUGGUACCUCCAGUGCCAGUAGUCAGUCGCACACAUACCUGUCCAGUAUGGAAUCAGAAUGCUGCAGCAGCCCCAGGUGGGAGAAAGAUGUAGAGCAAAGUGAAGAUGAACGAUGUUCUGCAACAGGCAAAACAAGUAACAGUGGGUCAGCUCUCCUUGCAAAUGUAGAAUUACUGAAUAGCAAAGGUAUUAAAGUUCUAAAGAAAGAACAACUGGAAUCUGCUAUUUCUCCCAUCAGCAGCAAUGAUUCUGGCAGUAGGCAAAAGUUGGGAAGUGAACAUUCUGAUGUAAUGGAUACUCCUGUGACCACAUUGGAUAUGAAAGGCAUAGUCAGAAAAUGUCUUUCUGAAAAUAAGAUUUGGGAAGAAAAACUCUUUGUAAAUAAGAGAGAUAUGACUAAUGAAACAGCAGAAACUUCUAAUCAACAACAGUCACCUUCAAGGAAGAACAAGCCUGUCAAGCCUAUAAAAGAUGAAGAGAUUUUUGAAAAGCCAGGUGUAAAAAGAAGCUUUGAAUUAGUAGACACUAGUCCUUGUCAGAAACUUAACUAUGUUAAAAAAAGCAAUGCAGAAUAUAAACGUGGCUGUCAGAUCUCAGAAUUUCCAGCAAACAAAAGGACUGGUUUGACAACAGAAAUACAAUCCUUGAUGCUUCAUGAUGAUGGAUGCUUACAUGACACCUGCAAAAGCAAGGAAGAAGUUAAGAGUUUUAUUGGUAACCAGCAAACAGUAGAAAAAUCACUUACUCCAAUUAUAGCCAAAAAUCUUAUGUGUGAUCUGGAUGCAGACUGUGAAAAGGAUGAUAAAAAGGAGCAUAUGAACUCAAGUUUUUUAGGCACUGAUGAUGAAAAACCUUUAGGAAUCCUCAGUGCAGAUUCUGACUUAUCAUUUCCUGAAAUGUCUGUUACAGAAAGCCAUUUAGAAAAGCAGCUUUUAGAUUUGGACAAAAGUGUUAAAGACCUCUCUUUUGAGGAACCAAAACCAGAAGGCAUGCUUACAACAUUACCAGAGUCCCAAGAUGCCUCACAAAAUGGAGAGGAAGCACAUACUGUCCAGGACUGCAAGCCAUUACAUCUUGACAAGGAUAAUGACCAAAAACACAUGAAAGAAACUUAUCUUGACACAGUAUCUUCUCCUUCAGAAAAGAUGAUGGAAGCACUGAAUGUCUUAAAAAAAAAUGCUGUUGUUUUUCGAAGUUAUAACAGUCCAAUUAACAUAUCCAAUGUAUCUGAGCCAUGUAGCAUGGCUUCCUUAGAUAUAAUGGAUCUUUCACCUGCAUGUAGUGGCUCUUACCCAACAGCUAUUACUCCAUUACAGAAAGGAAGACCUUAUAGGGUGUAUCAGACACCUCAUCAGGGAGAUGCUGGCACACCAUAUAGGACUCCAAAGAGUGUAAGAAGAGGAGCUGCCCCAGUAGAAGGUGAACGCAUCCUAGGGACCCCAGACUACCUGGCUCCUGAGCUGCUUUUGACAAAGCCUCAUGGUUCUGCUGUAGACUGGUGGGCCCUUGGAGUUUGUCUGUUUGAGUUUCUCACUGGAAUUCCACCUUUUAAUGAUGAAACACCAACACAAGUAUUCCAAAAUAUUCUGAAAAGAGAUAUUCCCUGGCCUGAGGGUGAAGAAAAGCUGUCUCGUAAUGCCCAAAAUGCAAUAGAUAUUCUUCUAACAAUUGACAGCACUAAGAGAGCUGGACUGAAGGAGCUGAAACAUCACCCCCUCUUUCACGGUGUGGACUGGGAUAAUUUACAGAGUCAAACAAUGCCGUUUAUACCUCAGCCGGAUGAUGAAACUGAUACCUCUUACUUUGAAGCUAGGAAUAAUGCUCAGCACCUGACUGUGUCUGGAUUUAGCUUAUAG